UGUCUUCAAGUUUAACCAGACAUAAGACAAUACUUGUAAAGUGUUAUGUAAGUCCUUGAAAACUCCCCGGUGACCAGUUCACAAUCCCAAAGUCCAUGUCAUGUCCUGAUGAUCUUUCAAGACCAACACUCUGGUGGUUUGAAAACAUAGCCAAAAUCAGAGCUCAUCAUGCUGGUAGGUAAAUUCCCUCGCAGAUAUAAAACCAUCUUUAUCUUCAUCUUCAUUAUUAAAGAUGUCAUCCACCAUCACUUCAUGGUGAGUGUCAUUAGGCGAAUAUCCGUGUUUCUGGAACUCUUUCUUCAGGUACUCUUUCACCUAUAGUGGACAGAGAAUAAUAUAGAUUUUUAGGGAUAGUCAAAUUCUUCAGAUAUAGAAAUGGAGACGAGGUAGAUAGAUAGAUCAUCAAACCUCCUGUCUGGAAAGUUUCCAGUCAUCAUUGAGAUCCAUCUCCCGGAAAGAGUCGUGUGACCUUGGACCAUUUCGGAUGUCCAUAAGCUCAACUUCAAAAAUGAGGGUACUGCUUGGAGGGAUCUUUCCUGUAAAAUUGGUAAUAUACAUUUUCAUCAUGGUAGAACAAAAAUAGAGAGAGUUUUGAUGCAACAAACUUCUUAUAAGUUUUUGUGUUCUUUCUCUGUAUGUUACCUUUUCCUUCCUUGCCAUAUGCCAGAGAUGGAGGGACAGUGAUUUUCCUGCGCUCUCCUGUGCACAUGUCUUUGAGACCCUUAUCCCAGCCUUUGAGCACCUCUUUGAUCCCGAGAGUGAACCACACUGGAUCUCCAUCUCUGCGGCUGCCAAGAGUUACAAAGAUACAUCACAGAUCUCUCAAGUUUGUGGCUACGGUUUUCAAAUGGUUGUUCCUGAUGGACAAUGCUGAGAUGUCAAGAAAAGACUGCAAUAUGGUACUUUAGAUACUUGAUUUUUAAAGCUAAGUAGGGGGAGAGUGGGGUAAGUUGAGCCAAAGGGUAAGUUGAGCCACCCCCUGUUGCUUGGAAAUGGUAAAAGAAAUUGAUCAUGUGACCAAAUAUUUAGGAGAUGGGCAUCAAUAAAUGGAGUCUGUGAAGGUUAGAAGUACAUGGGUGACAGGGUUAGACAAUUAUUUCCAAAAAAAACAUUUUUUUUACUUUUGAAAAUGAAUUUAGUCUGUCAUAAGUUUUAUUAUAAUUGUGUUCAGACCAAAAAAGAUCAUUUUAUUGUGGUAUCUAUGAGCUACAACAUGAGGUCAAAAACCUAGCAUAAAAGUCAACCAUUUUAGCUUAGAGGACUAAUAAAGUCAUAAUAGUAGUUCUGGGGUAAGUUGAGCUAGUGACUCAACUGAGAAAGUAAAGAAGUCUGAUGAGAGGAUCAGAGUUUCAGUUCAGAUUGUUGAAAUGUGUAACUUUUUCUUUUCAAAAAUACAGCUGUGAAUGUUCUGAAUCACUUAAAGGCAUCCUCAUGUUAAAAUGGCUUUUUCACAAAACAGCUUUUUAACAGUUAUAUGCAGUAAUAAUAACAAGAAUUAUUGUACCAGUUGAAUAGUGUAUAAUACAUAAAAAUACACAUGAAUGAGAAGAGGUGAGUGUUAUUUAGGGAGAGAUAAGGUGAGGGAGGGCGGGGGGUAGUAGGGAUAUGGUUCAACUUAACCCCGCUCCUAUCAUAGGAGACCACUUUUUUCUGGCAUGCUAUAUUAUCAAGACAGUUAUGUUUACACUCAUUCUAUUGGUUUGCAGGGAUGCACAACAUCUUGAAAUAUAUGCAGAUACACUAGUUAGAGACAAAACUAUGAUUGUCUUGAUGUAGUGAUCUGAAAUAUGAAAAUGGCUCAUCUUACCCCACUCUCCCCUAUACCCCCAAAAAUGUCCGACUUGAAGUGUUGCAGCAUUCUUAGAUCUUUUUGAGUCAGAUUACCUUGAAUGAAACAUGGUGCCAUUGCUCUCCAAGAACCCGUCGUAAUGAACAAGCAGCAUGUCUCCAUAUUUUGAUUUGCGGGAACACAUGAAGGGUUUGUAUACGAGUUCAAUUUUCACCUCAGGCUCGGGCAGUUUCCCCCCACUGACAAACAGAAAGAGUGGAGGAAAUGUCGCAAAAAGAGAAAAGAGAAUCAUUUUGAUAGAAAAAUAAAUUACCUGCUGACAGUGAGCACAAAAGAUAAUUUAAACGCUACCCUCAUUUAGUACAAAAGUAUAAAUACAUGGCAAGAAUGCCAACUACGUGGCAACCAACUUCAGUGAUGAACGCAGCCCCUGUUCAACCGUUUGCCCACCUCAGUCUACUAUUGGUUAGCUGAAUCUCAGGUCCCGCCUCUUUUGACAUUUUCACUCGCUUAAUUAUUCAACCUACGUGUCAAUCACUCUACUCCCCGCCCACGACACUUUAAUCCCUGUGAUGUAAAUGGGAGGGACGUCUUGAGCUUUUCUCGUGAUCGCUGAGAGCUGCAUUCACGGAAAAGUUUACGCACUUUUAUCAACGUAGCGAAGACGUGGGGCUGAAGACGUUACUCCACAAAUAACACUCGGGGCCCGAUGGAGUCGCUGCAGUCAACUGUGCAUUAUAUCUUGUUAUGAUAAACACGUAAUGAACGGCAAAAAUAUACAACGGAGCAAUGGAAGGAAUGCUGUAUAAAUGGACCAAUUACAUAAGCGGUAAGCUGGCUCUGGAGUUGAUGGAUGUUUCUGGUUGUGGUGUUGGUUUAUCAGGCUGCGAUGACUGGUAAGCUAAUGUUAGCUAGCCACGGCAUUAAACUGUAGUGCAUUAAACCGAGUAAGUCCUUAUGUACACAGAGGAAUCCGCUGUUUGAACAGAAAACUGAAGCUUGAUUUGAGUCUUUAAAGGCAGCACUGUUUAGUUAAGGUAGUUCUCACCAUCUGUCAUUGUAAUCGGACUUAACUGAUUAGCUGUCGUUAACAUCACAGACUAACUCUGGAGACAGACUAACUGUACUACUGUCCUUAAUCAAACGACUUUCACUGUCAGGAAAUCAAUCACUGCACUUUUACCACGCUGAAGUUAGAGCGACUUACUCACAGCUUCUGAUUCGGAUUUUACGAGAGGGUAAUGAAAACAAGGUCCUGAUCCCAAACUACUUUACACAGACUUCUCAGAUCUUGGCUGGAUUAUCUGGGAGAGACUACAGACUUAUUUAAACACACUUUAAGAUUGGUGAAACCUUUAAUCUAUGAGUGAAAAUGUAAGAUUUCACUGCUUUCGACCAGGUUCUGAUCCCGAACCACAAAACACAAGCUUUUCAGAUCUAGCCUAAAUUAUUUCAGAGAGGCUUCAGACUCCAUUGAACAGUUUGGAUUUCUCACUCCUAGAAAUGGCCCUUUCUUUAAUUUUCAAUGGAAUAUAAAAGUGUAAGUGAUUGAAAACUGUGUCUGUAGCUUCUUUACAAUUUAUUUAGGCCAGAUCAGAAAAGUCUUGGUAUAAUGGCUACAGAUAGACCUGGUUUUAUGUAGUCUAGACAGAGAAAAACAUCAAAAGUAUAAUUGUAAUUAACUAACUAAUAAUAAUACUUAUUAUUGAAUUUUCAAAAAUAGAAAACUGUUUUCACCAGGGCUGGGACGAUAUGCUUUUCCCCUGAUUUGAUUCUUCGACGAUUUUUUGCCGAUGUGAUUUAAAUUGCGAUUCUACAAUAUUGUCGAUUUUCUUGAUGUUUAGUCUGUAUUUUUUAUUCAAAGUAUUUCUCAUUCGGAUCACAUGUAAGUUAGAUUUUAAGAUUUAUUCUUGAAUUUGAAAAAAAAAAUUUAAAAAUUGUCAAAACAAAAAUUGCGAUACUUAUGCGAAUCAAUUUUUUUUCUCACACCCCUAGUUUUCACAAAUUUGAAACUCUGUUGUAAGAGAUUAGGUUGGCCAAUAGUGGUUCUGCAUCAGGAUCCUGUUUCUGUAACCUUUCCCAUGACAGCCAGAUGAGAAGCUGCAAAUAAGUUGCUCACUUCAGCUCCAUUUUACAUUGUAAACAUAUUUCAAACACAGAUAUUUCAAACAUAUAAAAUCUGUAUUCACAGGUUGGCAGCCUCGUUGGUUUGUGCUUGAUGGAGGAACUUUGUCUUACUAUGACUCUCAAGAAGACGCCUGGAAAGGUUGCAAAGGCAGCAUCAAAAUUUCCGUUUGUGAAAUCCAAGGUAAUUAUGGUUCACUUCUGCUACGCAAUGGUGUUUAAUUAUACCAGUAUGUUAUAACUUGGGCCUCUUUUGAUUCUGUGUUUAGUUCAUUCCUCUGACUCCACACGAGUUGACCUGACCAUACCAGGAGAGCAGUACUUUUACCUCAGAGCCAUCAAUGCUGCAGAGAGGCAGAAAUGGCUGGUGGCACUGGGAACAGCCAAAGCUUGCCUUACAGACAACCGAACAAAGAGAGAAAAAGGUAUUUUAAUGCCAUAAGUACCAAACUUAGUGAAGUACAUAUUAAAUUUAAACAUUCGGCGGUCUUUGAUACUGUAAUUGGAAUCAUAAAUAUUUUGUCUUUUGUUGUUUCAGAGCUCCAGGAGAACACAGAGGCACUGAAAACUAAGAUGUCUGAGCUCAGAUUGUACUGUGACCUCCUCCUACAGCAAGUAAACAGAAUCAAGGAGACUGAUGAGCCAGGAGACACAGCGGAGGUAAGGUUAAAGUCAGAUGAGCUGGCGAAAUAAGAGAAGCUCCUGUUGGUGUGCAACUGCUGUGUAGGGUUGCCAAUUUGCCACCACCACUAUAUUUCAUUGUGCUUCGUCACAGACCGCAUAAGAAGCAAAUAUUAUUACAUGUACAUUUUUUUAAAUCUAUCAUAAUUUUCUCAGAUAACAUCAUUAUUCAUCCCAGAAUUUAGGGCGUUGUUCAGAAACGUGGCAGUGCUUGAUUGUGUGUUUGUUUACUGUUUUCAGGCGGGCAUAGACACUGGGAACAUGGUGAAGUCUACAUGCACCACUUUCCUUAAGACUCUAGAGGAAUGCAUGCAGAUAGCAAAUCGUACGUUCGGUACAGAUAUGACGACACAGAGCCCACCAGGAUCUCCUCCAGUAGCAGCCAUCAAACCUCAGAAGGUACAGUCAUAUUAAAAGCCCAUCAAAAGCCAAAUAAACAUCUAUAAUAAACAGAGCAGCCAAAAAAUAUAUAUAAUGUAUUAACAAUCUCACAAUUUCUUUUCCUCCAACAGAUUAAACCAGUCAAUCAUUUGAAUCAGAAUCUUGGAGAAAAGUAGGUUUUUAUUACCUGUCAUUACAUAUUUAUAUUACUUUUUCUCUGUCUGUUAUUAACUGUCACAGAUGAUAAAAGAAGGACUCAGUCUGGUAAAGGAUAAAUGAAAUACCCAUUUAAUGGACUUCUGUUAUUAGAGGACUGUUGUUGAAUGAAAACUUUCCAAUUGUACAUAUAAAUUCCCUCUUUACAGUCUUGUUUUCAAAAUUAAGUCCAUCCAGAGUUUGACAUCUAGAAAAUUGUUUUUUUUUCCUCAACAUAGAUGGAGAGAUUUGCCAGAACACUCAGAAGAAGCAAUUGCACAUGACAACCAGAGCCUUGACUCUGGAGCAGAGGGACCAGAUGAGCCUGAUAGACCGGAUCACCAUUCUUCCCCCUCAGGUUAGUCUGGUGUCACAGGAUUCAACCUAGGCGGAGAGGUGACAAGCCUUUCUAUUCUUCUUAAAGACUGUCCUUAACAAAAGGGCCUCCUGACUAUUGUUUACAUCAUCCGAGCUGCUGGCUCAGAUGAUAGAUUGAUCAGUUGAUUGUUUCCUUUUAUGAGCUGACAGUGAUGAAUGUUCUCUUACAUGAUUGUAUUUGCCCAAGCAGUGCACACUGUGGCUACUGCUGGUAAUACAGUAUAAAGACCCACCCUGUCUUAUGACUUGUUCCUUCAUAUCCAUCCUUCAAGUCCUAUUUAACCUUUGAGUGAAAAGUUCAGAUUCUAAUCAAACAUUCCUCAAUGUGUCUAUAACAGUAUCCUCUUUACAUGGAACAAGUUUAACCUGCAUCUGUGGAUGCAGCAGCAGUGUUCACAGACAGUAGUUUUUGGCAAGGCUUUGGAGUCCUUGCAGUGAUUUCCACUUUAGAGUCAUGUCUGUUUUUAAUGCUCUACUACCUGAGGGUUCAAAGAUCACCGACAUGUAGUGUUGGUUUUCAGCCUUGUCACUUUUGUACAUAGAUUUGUACAAAUUAGCUGAAGCAGUUUCAAAAUGUUCCUCCAGGUGUUCUCUUUUGUCAUCCCUGCCCAAACCUUCAAAUGAAUAUUUCAUUUUCCACCUUUAAUGUGACCUAUAACCUGUACAAUGCAAUUGUAAAACAAACUCAAACCUUUAAGGGGAAAAAUUAAAAAUAGAAAAGUUAAAAUAAUCUAGUUGCUUAAAUAUGCACACCCGUAAACUAAUACUUUGUUGCAGCGCCUUUGGCUUUUAUUACAGCACUCAGUCCAGUCUAAAUAGCCCAGACAUAUGAAGACAGUGGGAGAUUGUUGUACAACACAGCCAGUACUUGCCAGUAAUUCCUGCAGCUCCUUCAGUGUUGCUGUCGGCCUCUUGGCAGCCUCCCUGACCAGUUUUCUUCUUGUCUUAUCAUCAAUUUUGGACGGACGUCCUGUUCUUGGUAAUGUCACCGUUGUGCCAUAUUUUCUCCACUUGAUGAUGACGGUCUUCACUGUGUUCCAUGGUAUAUUUAAUUCCUUGGAAAUUCUUUUGUAGCCCUCACCUGACUGAUAUCUUUGAAUAAUGAGAUCCCUCUGAAGCUUUGGAAGCUCUCUGUGGACUUGUGCUGAAAGAUGUGGCUACAAAAAUGUCAGGAAAAGCCUGCGAGAACAGCUGAACCUAAUUUGGGGUUGAUUAGACACACUUUAAUUGGUGACAGGUGUUUGCUGACUCCAAUUUAACCUGAGUUUGAAUGUUAUUGGUUAAAUCUGAACGCAGCCACAUCUCCAGUUAUUAAAAGGUGUGCAACCACAUGAUUUCAGUUCUUUAUUUUUACUUCACCUCCCUGAAAGAUUUCUGUUUGUUUUUCAAUUGUGUUGUACAGGUUAUAGGUCACAUUAAAGGUGGAAGAAGUUGUGAGAUUAUUUAUCUUAAUGUGACUUUUUUACAUGACAAAAACUUGGCAUUUGAACAGGGGUGUGUAGACUUUUUACAUCCACUGUAUAUAAAAAAGUCAGUUUCAACAUAAGAUUAGUUUGAUACUUUGUUUUGAUGAUAAGACAUGAUUAAUUCGCAGACCAUCAAAAUCUGGUUUUAUUAUUAGUAGUAUUUAGUGUUAACUGAUCAGCCAUACAUUUUUGAACCUUUCUUUGAACCAACCUAGUAUUGUUUUGACCACCUGACUCAUCAGAUAACAGCCAAAACAGCCCUAUUCUGACAUAUUCUCCCCUCUGACUAUCUAAGACAUUGUAAAGAGAUACAUAGAGAUACAUGGAUGAAGAGAGUUAUGGAUUUAAAAAGCAAAUAAUCAAGAAAGACUUGAAGGUGUUAGGAAAUAAUUUGGUUAUAUUUUGUCAGAUCAUAAUUAAGAAUGAUGAUUAUUCACCAGUUCAAGCAAAAAGAAAAUUUGCACUUUAGAGAAACUUCAGCCUGACUAAAAAUAUGUUAGUGCUGCCAUCCUGUAAUUCCCCCCUGCUCUGCCCUUCCCCCUCAUGCAGCACAGCAUUUUCGUAAAGCCCACAGCUUAUCAGUCACAACUAAAGCCUGUCACGAUGGUCGUCGUCAUAAUUGAUUAUUUGAACCCUUUAAGGGUCAGUAGAGAAGAAGAUAAAGGUAUACUCAGUGGUAAUAAGAGAGCAUGGGCUUUACCUGUUUGCAGAGUGCUAGUUCAACUACUUGUUAUGAUGAGAAGUGGGCUCCAUACCUGAUGCUGCUGCAGACUUUUUGGUGUCUAACUCUUUUUGUCUGGUAACAUACAAUAUGCUCAUCAUGCCCUUUCUGUGCCCACUGCAGAUAGUGAACCAGCAAAUGGCAACAGCUCGGUCCAUGAGGAGCAGGCCGGCCCCCCUUUAGACACUACCCAGACUAAUUCUGAGAUCGAACACUACGAGCAACCAGCAGAGGGAGAUGAAGAAAGUGAAGCGGAUGAUCAAAAGGAGAAAGAAGAAGAAGAGCAGAGGCACAAACUGGACCAAAGUCAAGAGCAAGACAACAACAACAAGGAAGUGGACACUGUGCAGCCUCAGCAUCAACAGGAAGCUCCUCUGGACCAAGACGAGGCUCAACAGGAAGAGGAGACUGCCAGAGAUUCAGUGGAGCAAGAAGACACAGAGCAGGUGGACACUUUCUUCAGCACAAUGAGUCACAGGUAUGAAAAUGCUACUCAGGAAGGUCACAUCCUUUAGGAAACACGACUAAUGUAUGAAGUUACGGUUUGAUCAUCUGAUAUUUCACUCUUACAGUAUUACAAUAAACCAAUCUGAGCUUUUUGUAGUAUUUUUGUCUAUAAAGCACUGCACUUUUUGCUGCACAGAUACUUAGUUUAAAGAAAUACUAAUAAUUGUUUACGUGUUAUACAGAAUAUAUGUACACAACAAGUUUUGAAAUAUUUAAACUGAAUCAAGAUGUCAUGAUAAGUGUUUUAUAUUAGUGUGUUCUCUCUUGAUCACAUGACACAGAGAGGCCCUCGACUGAGUUUUGGGUUUGUAAAGCUCUUUUUUGUUUGACUCUGUACUAUCAAAUAUUUUACUUUCAUUUUUUUAAAACCUCAAAGAGUGUUACUGAACAAUGAGCUGGAGUGUUUUUAAUCAUAUGUGUAAUAUUUAGCCACAACCCUAACAUUAUCAGUAUUAUGGUCUCAUUUAAGGAGUAUUCAGCUGCAAGAAAGGGACCACGGUUUGCAUAUUUUUUGAAACUUUUAGAAUAUCGACUUUAGAGAAAAAAAGAAACAUCUCUGUCAAGAAUGAGGACAAAGUAGCAGAAUAGUCUCAGGAAUUGUCAGGCAUAGGAUUGCAUGACAGUGUGUGAAUCAUGCCUCUGGUUUGGUUUUGACAUUUGUAUCCUCUCUUUUCUCUGUUUGAUUUGAUCAAAUAAAAUCUGAAAUGGACGACUCACCUCUAAUAUAUUCUCCUGUCUGAAUCUGUUCUACUCUUUUUAGAUUUAGUGAUAUAAGACUGGACGACGACAAUGGUAUCCCUACUCAAGAGUUUUUGGAAUCAUGCUAUGCAAUAGUGCCUGUAUUAGGUAGGCUGGUCACUUUUAGUCUCUCCUCUCUUUAAUCUGUUCCUCCUCCUCCUCCUCUUCUUCCCCCUGAUGCCACACGUGGUCACCCUUUACAACCUUAUAAGGAAAACUUUCUUUUCUGCUAUUCUCCUGUCAUUCUUGCAUGCUCUGUCACCUGCUUUGCAUUUAACUAGGUGGGUCUUUUCUUUAUUGUCAUCCUUUCCUUUCAUGUUCUCAUUUCUUUUGGCAUCUGUGUGUCCAUCAGCUGGGUAAUCUAUUCUGAAAUGUGGAUUAUUGUUGCUGUUUGUCUCCUUGUAUCCAUGUGCCAGAUUUUGAUAAGGAAGUCACCCACAGCCAUAUUAACAUUAAAAGCCUGUGUAAACUUACUACGAAGAGGGAUUUAAGUAUUCUGGUAAUUGGUUAAAUUAAUCAGAGUAAGAUACCACUUUAUAAUUGUCUUAUUGAAUCUAAAAACAUUGUAAUAUUUUAUCAAUAGUGACCGCACAGUAAAGUAUUCAGAAUGUCACAAUUUGAUAAGGCCUAUUCACCUAUAACUGUGUGUUUAAGACAGAAACAUUGACAUACAUCUGAUAUAGUCUUGGUACAGAUGUAAUCUGUUUUAUUGGUCUUCUUUAAAUAGCCACAUGUAAAGGACAAUAUUCAAAGAAGUUUCUUUCUACUUUUUCAUUAUUAUUCAAAAAAGCAUCAAGACCAAAAAAAAAAACCAAGAAUUUUCUUUAUUGACACAAAGUGAUGACGGAUUUUCUCUUCUCAGACAAGCUGGGGUCCACAGUGUUUGCGCCAGUAAAAAUGGAUUUUGUUGGAAAUAUCAAGGUAUGUGAGUAAGUCAUUGAGGCAUCAGGAAAAAUUUGACACCUCUACAAGUAACAUGAUAUUAUUGUUUUUGUCUUUUUUAUUCACAAUGUUUUUGUCUCUUCUGCGAAACUAUCGUCAUUGGUUUAAGUUUCAUACACUGAAUAGAUAUUAGAUAAAACUGCCUUAAAUUAAAGAACAUGAAAUGAAUACGUUUCACAGAUUAAAAAAAAAGUUUUACAUAAAGAAGACAAAAAAAGUAGGAUUGGUGAGUUUGGUAGAUAAAAGAUGUACUUCCCUCAGAGAACAUUUAAGAUUUUGUGUUACAGAGUUUAUAUUUUAGGUAAAUUUUACUCCAUAUUUAAGUUUGAGUUUUGGUUAUAAGGAUUUAUUUCCAUAUCAAAGCUAACGCUGUUGUUAACGAAAUGGCCUUUCCCCGACCCCUCCCCUGAUUUUAAAUUAGUGCUUAUGGGCCUCUUGAAUUAGACACGGGAUUCCCAGCUACCCUUUUUUAUAUUUCUGUCAAAGGACGUCAGAUGAAGCAACUAUCUGAGCUGCCAAUGUUUUCAAUUUAAUUUUUCAUCUCUCAUCCCUAAAGAAAAUCCACCAGAAGCUGAUGUCAGAUCCUGACAGCUUUCCCACACUACAGUCCAUCGUCCUGCAUGAAGUCCAAACGGACGUCGCCAAGGUGCGCAACUCCGCCACCGAGGCCCUGCUGUGGCUCAGACGAGGCCUGAAGUUCCUCAAAGAGUUUCUGUCAGAGGUCAACGCAGGAGAACAAGACAUCCAAGGAGCACUGAGUGGGUCUUUGCUGCAGCUGAACAUCUACAGAAAGUUAAACACACAGAUCUCUGUUCCUCUUUCAAUGUCAGGAUGAAUCACGGUCUGUCUGUUCUUGCAUGCAGAUAACGCCUACGGAAAAACCCUCCGGCAGUACCACGGAUGGGUCGUGCGGGGUGUGUUUGCUGUAAGUAUUGCGUACCCUCACCUGUACUUUACUCCCUUAGGGGCUGAUCUAUGCUUUGAGUCUGACCACUUCUUCUUCUUUCUCUUUUUCCAGCUGGCCUUACGAGCUGCCCCGACAUAUCAAAGCUUUACCGCUGCCCUGGUGUCAAAAGAGGGGGAUGAGCUGAAGAGCGGCUUCUCCAGCGGCGUGCACCGAGACCUGGGAGUUUACCUACCCGCCAUGGAGAAGCAGCUGGCCAUUCUAGACGCCCUGUACGAAGAAUACAACCUAGAGUCUGAUGAAGUGGUGUGAAACCUGAACAGACUGAGACAAUCCAGGCUAGGGGCCGAACAGAACCUGACCGCAGGGGGGCAGAGUAUUGGCUAACUGCUGAAUGAAGGUGCCAGAUGCAUGUAAGUGCAUCUUGAACAGUGUGAGCGUGUCCAGUGUCAGUGUGAGGUGUUUCCAGUGGUUGUUGAACUCUACAACAGUGGAGGGUCUAGUUAUAGGGGAGGCACUGAUUUCUGUAAUGGGGACCCAUAAGCAAGCAAGCAUUAACAAUGAAGGCAUUAUCGCCUGAAAACAUGUAUUCUCAUGGUCUUUUAUUGAAAAGACAGUGAAAGGGUUUAAUGCCCUGUUAUUCACACUUCAACCAUAAUGAAUGAUGGUGGCUACUGUGAGUGCAUUCUGUUGUGGUUUUGUGGCUUUUUAUGUACUGUAGUGUUUUGAGGUACAUAAGCACAGAGAGUUUGGCUCCAUUAACAUUCCUGUAAGAUUAUUUAUGAUUUUGUUCAGGGUGCAAUUAUCUUAAUGUCUUUUAAUCACGAUUGUCCUUCCCUUGGAGUCAUGAAACAGGAGGAGACUUGCAGCUAACAAAAGGCGCUAUUUUGAAUAAUAAAAACUCAGAUUGUUACAAUGAAGUACCCGAUAUAUGCCUUAAGUAUGUGAUGAAACUGCAUACUGGGCAGAUGUUUUGCAUUUGAAGUAACAUAUUGUCUUGCACUGACUGUUGAACUUUGGUGGAAAUGAUGUACAGGCAUAUUUAAUAUAAUUAAUAAUAAUUAGUUUAUUCCCUGAGAGCUAAAUCCUAUCCCUGCAAUUAGACAGUGUAUAAUUUAACAUUACUUCCAUGUUAUUGUCUAUUACUCUAGAAAAUCCACUAGGGACCAAAAAGGAACUGUUAUGUGAACAGCUUUAGCCUCUGCUGUCUGCAGCACCACAACAGGCAAAGACAGAAAUAACACAGUGUGUUAAAGCACUAAAAAACUGCUGAAUUCUUUGUGGACAUUCUCUGCACAAAUCUACACAUACAUUGCAUUUUCACCAUUUCUAUUUAUUAAGUCUUAAGUUAUGGAGUUGACAUUAUUGUUAACUUUGAGACAUGUUUGUUGAGCUUUUACGUGAAUGUAUGAACAUUUGAACUCAUUGAGCAUGUUGACUGGUUGCAUGGUUUUAUGUAUUAACAGAAGUGCCAGUGGAAACUGAACACGUGCAAAGACCUAGGAUUAAUUGAAGUGAAUAAAUAAUCUGUAACGGGAAAGAUUAUGAAAGUUCUAACAUAUUGAAUCACUCAUCAGUGUAAUGAUAGUGAACAACAACCUUCAGCAGGUCUACUCUUGCAGUAUCAGCUUUGAUUUCACCAUCUUGUCCGCUCACUGUCCUACAUUCACUCGAGUGUCGUUACCAGCUGUAUUCAAUAUUUCAUGAUGUUGAUCCAACAAAGAUGGGCGGUGAGACUCACAUUCAGGCCAGGUUCAAGUUUGUCCACAGAAUCACUGAGCCAUUGGAACAGAGCAGGAACAUCCAUAUAGGGCUUUUUUUUAACCGAGACCUACCACCAAGUAUUUUUAACUUUAAUCCGACUUGUUUUCCUUAAACACUAGACUGGACAGCAGCGGCUCUUCUAGUUAAUCGUCGACAGCAGAUGUGAAAUAGAUUUUUCUGUUGCAGAUGGUCUGUUGUUAAUCCUGAAAAUAUGCUAUUGUAAUAAUGAAACAUUUGUUUUUUUUUCUAUGAUUGUAUAUAAGAUGCUAUUUGCUUUUUACAUAAUAAAUAACUAAGUUGUCCAAGUGUG